CUUGCCAACCUUUCUCCUGUGUCCGGCAACUUUCCAGAUCAAGACCUUCGGGGAGGCGUGUGUCAUGGUUCGGGAGCCCAGCUUGGAGUUGGUCAGUUAUUUGAAGGUGGCCAAUUAUUCCCACCCUGUUGUUCGUUACGUCAUCUAUGGUGAGAAGGGCAGUGGGAAGACGCUGACUCUGUGCCACGUUGUUCAGUAUUGUGCCCGCAGGGCAUGGUUAAUCCUCCAUGUACCUGACGCUUACCUGUGGGUGAAACACUGCUCCGAGCUGCUGCCGUCCACAUACAACCCCGCUCGCCUGGACCAGCCCCUCCAGGCAUCCACCUGGCUCAAAAACCUCCGCAUCACCAACGAACCGUACCUGGCUCAGCUGAAGACACAGCAGAGGUACGUGUGGACCAAGAGGGAGUCCACUGACGAAGGGAGACCCCUGGGUGAACUGGUCGACCAGGGCAUCGCGCGGGUGAAGAGUGCAAGUGAUGUAGUGGGCGCGCUGUUCAAGGAGCUGAAGGCGCAGUGUCGACCAGACACCUACCGCCUCCUGGUGGCUGUCGACGGUGUCAACGCGCUCUGGGGGCCCACCACCAUGAAGAGGGAGGACAAGAGUGAGGUACUUCCAUCCGAGCUAACACUGAUCCACAACCUCAGGAAGCUGCUUGCCAAUGACUGGGCGGGUGGAGCUGUGGUCGCCACCUUGACCCAGACGGGAGCGCUGGGAUCGACCGGCCUGUCUCCCCAUCCACACCAGCUGCUGCGCAAGGAAGGAUUCGAUCACCUUGACCCCUUUAUUCCCGUUCAAGUGGAGAAUUACACCCAGAAGGAGUUUGAGAGCUGCUACCAGUAUUACAUCGACCGCAAGUGGCUUCAGCACGACAAAGAACCAUCCGGUGGCAAAUCUGCGAUUCAGCUCUUCCGAGCUCAGCCUCCACCCAACCCCCCAGCUGCUCCUGGUUUUCCUGGAGGCCGGAUUGAUUCUGGGAAAACUCUGCACCAAGUUGAACAGAACAACUGUCGAGAACAUUGA